UGGCCUGCAGCCUGCCUAUCGGAUCUGCCAUGGCCUUGCUUUUGCUUGUUGCGGCUUGUGUAUUUCCAGUUUGCUUGUCGCAAACUGGCCUGGCUGGCCCUGGCUUCUCUGGAGUGUGGCACUACGUUAACGUGCCAGCAAUUCUUUGCCAGGGUGGGGCUGGAUUUGCUGACAUAGCUAUUCAAAAGCCUCCCAGUGGAGACUAUGAGCCACACGUUUUUACAGUCUUUUGCACCAGCAACGGUGCAAUGACGCUCAGUUUCGUUGCUCGCGAUGCUUCAGGGAGGACUAUUACGGACCAGUCAUCUGGCCUCAAUUUGCGACCUGUCACCCCAGGUACGAAUUACGGGAGGCGUUUGGAAAACAACAGCCUGCCACUCGCUGAACAGUUUGAAAAGCCUGCAGAGCCUGGAAGCAGAUUUUUAUCGUCAGUCUCAGCCUCAGAUCCAAGACGGCUCUCAAGCCGCAGGCGCUCGUUCUCAUCAUCGUCGCGCAGACGAACAUACACAGACUCACGGCGCCGCACUAUGUCUUCGCCUCGACGUCGUGUUUUGACAUCUCCACGUCGGCGCACCGUGCUGGACACGAGAAGGCGCACCUCAAUCGAUGAUUCACGAAGGAGAGCUGCCGUUCUUCCCUCCCCACGAAGAAGAACAUAUAGCAGCGAUGGCCGUCGCAGAAGUUUCAGUAGCUAUAGUAAUCCGUCCCGGCCCAACAUGGGACAAUACGGUUAUGCAAAUCAACACUAUGCAUAUCAAAACUAUGGUGGGCAGAUGCCCAUGACCACGCCGUAUGGAUAUUCAGGUGCCAACGCUUAUCAGGGAAGCAGUGGCAACGGAAUGAAGAUUGCCAUUGCUGGUGGAGCUGGUUUGCUGGCAGGCAUUGCUGCAAACAAACUGAUGCAUCAUUGGGGCGGUUACAGCCAAGAGCAGCUGAUGAAUGCACCCUGCUCUAGAGGCAGCUGGCAGGGCACUUGCGGCACCUGUAUGAAUCAGUACGGCGCGAACAAUUGCAACGCGAUGCUGGCUCCAAAAUUUAAUGCAGCCCGUGACGACCUCAUGAGCACGGGAUUCACCCCGGCCCAAGUCCAAUGGCCACUGCAGGUACGUGUAACUCAUGUGGCAGGCCCUGAGUUCAAUCCGAUGCUGAUUUGCACCCCACCUGCUCCAGGUAUGGCACACCCUCCAGUGCCACAAGUCUUUCUCACUUUGACUGCGCUGCAGUCAUAUUCAAAUUCUGGAGGCAGUCCAUAUGGUGGCUACUCUCAAUAUGGCGGCUACAGCCCUGGAUACGAGCAACAAACUUCCCGAGGAGGCAUAAUCGCGAGUGUGGCCUCGAGCCUUCUUUGUUGCUGCUGUUGCUGCGGUCUUGUGGCUUUCUUCUGCGUGCGCAAAGGGAAGUCCAGCGUUGGUGAUUCAUCUUCUGAUGAUGAAGGGACAGAGCUGUCGCACCAUGCGCAUCAUGCGCACAACCCAUACUGGGACACUGCGCCUCAUGCGCCUCCUGGGCCCUAUGGCUCUGCGCCCGGCUUUAUGGGGACUGCCGCGCCGAAUGGCCAGUAUUGGUCGCAGUACUGCCAUGGCGAGCCAGAAAUCAGCUCCGGAAAUUUCAUCGUGGGCCCAUGGGGCGAGUGCUUAGCCUGGGCAGUGGUGUACGAGCACCAGAACCAGUGGGAAAAUGAUCCUGACUACAGGGAACUUGGGCCCGUUGGAGGCGUGAUUCGGGCCAUGAUGGAGCGAGCGGCUGAUGACCAGGCUCAGGCGGUGCAGUCUGCAGCCGAAGAGUUGGAGGUGUAUUGCAAGGAGGCGAUCAGGCAAGACAAACCUCUUCCGGUGAUCAAUGAAAGGGCAUGAUGCACCAAAAGCUGCGCAGCCGCGAGAAAAGAG